GCGCGUGCGCAUGCAGCUGCUCAGGUUCUCUCACACUCUGCUCAAACUCUCUCCCAGCCGGUUUUAUCACAGAUAUUCAAGAAUGUCAGAGGAACUACGAGCCGAGCUGGAGAAGUAUCUGCAGAGUCUGAACAUCCAGACCAACUGUGUGGAGCACCCCCCGGUGUUCACUGUGGAGGAGAUGAUGCCUCAUCUACAGGGAGUGAGUGGAGCUGUCUCCAAGAACCUCUUUCUUAAGGACAAGAAAAAGAAAAGUCUCUGGCUGGUGUCUGCCAGACAUGAUCACCAGGUGAACCUCAAUGACCUUGCAAAGAAGCUGGGAGUUGGCAGUGGGAAUUUGCGCUUUGCAGACGAAGCAGUCAUGGUGGAAAAACUCAAGGUUGGCCAGGGCUGUGCCACUGCCCUCUCCCUCCUGUUUGACAAGGAGCAGUGUGUGAAGUUUGUCCUGGACAGUGACCUGGUGGAGGGAGGCCAUGACAUGGUCUACUUCCACCCCAUGACCAAUGCUGCCAGCAUGGGCCUAAAGCCAAAAGACCUGCUCCUCUUCCUCAAGGAGACGGGACAUGACCCCAUCCUGCACAGCUUUGAGUAGACCAGACUCUCACAUCAAACUGUAACCUACCAAACGGCUUUAAAAGGACAAUGUCAUCUCAUCUGACUUCAGCUGGAGAUUAAGAGGAAAUCUGCGGUUCUGAUAUACGCACAGACCUCACUGAAUACUGUUUGGCUAUUGUGCCAACUAAGCAUUUAUUUAAAAGCUAAGCUAAAACGUAUUAGCUUUAUUUUACUUACGUUUUUACUACACAAAAAUAA